AUGAUCACUGGAAAGGAUAUUUACGAUGUUCUUGCAGCUAUUGUCCCGCUAUAUGUUGCUAUGAUAUUAGCAUAUGGAUCGGUUAGGUGGUGGAAAAUUUUCACUCCAGAUCAAUGUUCUGGCAUCAACCGUUUUGUUGCAGUGUUUGCAGUUCCAUUACUUUCCUUCCAUUUCAUCGCCUCAAAUGAUCCAUAUGCCAUGAACUACCACUUCAUAGCUGCCGAUACUCUCCAGAAGGUAGUCAUUCUUGUAGCUCUCUUACUAUGGCAAGCCUUUACCAAACACGGCAGCCUUGAGUGGAUGAUUACUCUCUUCUCUCUAUCUACUCUUCCCAACACUCUUGUCAUGGGCAUCCCCCUUUUGAAAGCUAUGUAUGGAGACUUUUCAGGGAGCCUUAUGGUUCAAAUUGUAGUUUUGCAGAGUGUAAUUUGGUACACUCUCAUGCUCUUCUUGUUUGAGUAUAGAGGGGCAAAGCUUCUCAUCAAUGAGCAAUUCCCCGAGACUGCAGGAUCCAUCACCUCUUUCCGAGUUGAGUCCGACGUUGUUUCACUUAACGGUCGUGAGCGUUUACAAGCUGACGCUGAGAUUGGUGAUGAUGGUAAACUUCAUGUGGUGGUCAGAAGAUCAAGUGCAUCGUCGAUGGUGUCGUCAUUUAACAAAUCACAUGGAUUGAAUUCAUUAACGUCCAUGACACCAAGAGCAUCAAAUCUCACUGGUGUUGAAAUAUACUCUGUACAGUCAUCCAGAGAACCGACUCCCAGGGCUUCAAGCUUUAAUCAAACCGACUUCUACGCCAUGUUUGCAAGUAAGGCUCCAAGUCCAAAGCAUGGAUGCACAAACAGCUUCCAGGGGGCAGUCGGGGAUGUUUAUUCCCUGCAGUCUUCAAAAGGAGCGACACCAAGAACUUCAAACUUCGAUGAGGAGAUGAUGAAGAUUGCGAAAAGAAGGGGAGGAAGGAGCAUGAGUGGCGAGUUGUUUAAUGGUGGUGUUGUUUCUUCUUAUCCACCUCCGAAUCCAAUCUUUUCAGGGUCUACCAGCGGUGGCUCAAAGAAGAAGGAAAGUGGCGGUGCUGGUGCAAUGCCUAACAAGGAGCUUCAUAUGUUUGUUUGGAGCUCCAGUGCUUCUCCUGUAUCUGAAGGGAAUCUAAGGCAUGCAGUUAAUAGAGCUGCCUCCACUGAAUUUGGGGCCGUUGACUCUUCUAAAGGUGCUCUUCAACAUGAAAACGCUGCUUCAAGAGCAAUGCAUGAGUUAAUUGAACAUAUGACUCCUACCGCUAAAGUUAGUGGAGACAAGGAUCUUGAGAUUGAGGAGGGAUCAAAGUUUCCAACAAGUGGAUCUCCCUUCAGCUGCCAGAAGAAGGCUAACAUGGAAGAAGGUGAUGGAUCAAGGAAGCAGCAGAUGCCUCCAGCAAGUGUGAUGACAAGGCUUAUUCUUAUCAUGGUUUGGAGGAAGCUCAUAAGAAACCCUAACACAUAUUCGAGUCUUUUUGGCUUGACUUGGUCGCUUAUAUCCUUCAGGUGGAACAUCCAAAUGCCAACAAUUGUGAGUGGAUCGAUCUCAAUAUUAUCUGAUGCUGGUCUAGGAAUGGCAAUGUUUAGCCUAGGCUUAUUCAUGGCUUUACAACCAAAGAUCAUAGCCUGUGGAAAAUCAGUAGCAACAUUUUCCAUGGCUGUCAGGUUUUUGACAGGCCCCGCUGUGAUUGCUGCAACCUCGAUUGCAAUUGGUCUUCGUGGCGUUCUUUUGCAUGUCGCAAUUGUUCAAGCUGCUCUUCCCCAAGGAAUAGUUCCAUUUGUCUUCGCCAAGGAGUAUAACGUUCAUCCAGACAUACUUAGCACUGCGGUUAUCUUCGGCAUGCUGAUUGCUCUGCCCAUUACCAUACUCUACUACGUGCUACUCGGACUGUAA